CCCACCUGUAACAUUACAGCCCUGGAGGUUUUGGUGAAAAAUGUACCUCUAGGGCUCUGGCCCUGCAAUCAGCCCCUUUGCUGGUGGGGAGGGUCACUGGGGUUUCAAAUGGAUGUCACAUCCCCCUGUGAGGAUGAGCCUGCAGGAGCAGGGUCUGUGUGUCUAAGGCUGGGUCUACACUACCCGCCUGAAUCAGCGGGUAGAAAUCAACUUCUCGGGGAUCGAUUGGGACGCGACAAUCGAUCCCCAAAUCGACGCUCUUACUCCACCAGCGGAGGUGAGAGUAAGCGCCGUCGACAGGAAGCCGCAGAGGUCGAUUUUGCUGCCGUCCCUACAGCGGGCGUGGCAGAGUCCAGAGCAUCUGUCUGCAAGGAAAGAGCCUGCGGGGAAUCGGGCUGUGACAUGCACUCAAGCCUCUUCUGAAACCUUCCCAAUCGCCCUGACAGGCUGAGGAAUCAUAUCAAGAUUUCACUUGAGAUCGUCCCGUCUUCCAGGGGACAGGGAAGGGAAAUGGCUGUGAUGGAGUCAGCUCAGGUGCUGGUGACCUUCGAGGAGGUGGCUGUCUAUUUCACCCAGGGUCAGGGGGCUCUGCUGGACCCCAGUCAGAGAGCCCUCUACAGGGACGUCAUGCAGGAGAACUAUGAGAUGGUGACCUCGCUGGGAUUUCCCAUUCCCAAACCUGAACUGAUCUCCCACCUGGAACGAGGGGAAGAACUGUGGGUCCCGGAUCUCCAGGCCUGUGAGGAAAGACAGAUCCCGAGAGGCAGUCACACAGCAGGUGAUGAGAAAGUGGAUGAGAAGAAGGAUGGGAAUCAUCAUGAGGAAGUUCCUGGGCAAGUGGAACCACAGGGGACCUUUGUGGGAAGAGCUGAAGGGAGUAUAUCCCAGUGCUUUGAAGAGGGAGAAGCCGGAGGUAAUUGGCACAAGUCAGAGAGGCAACUGAAAAACCACCCAAGGAAGAAAGUGGAUGAAUCUAUUAUAUGUGGGGGAGGAGACAAGGAUCCCACAGCCCAGCAGACAAAUCCCAAGGAAGAGAAACCCUAUCAGUGCCUCGAAUGUGGAAAAGGAUUCAUUCUCAGAUCACAGCUUGUGACAUAUCAGACAAUCCAUACUGCAGGGGAACCCCUUCAAUGCUUGGCCCAUGGGGAAAGCUUCAGUAACUGCUCAGAUCUUAAUAACCAUGAGAAAAGCCACAUGGGAGAGAAAUCCUUUCAAUGCCUCGAGUGUGGAAACUGUUUGAAUUGGAAGUCAGCAUUAAUUACACAUCAGAGAAUCCAGACAGGAGAGAGAUCCCAAAAGUGCUUGGACUGUGGGAAAAGUUUCAUAGAGAGGUCAGACCUUAUUAAACAUCAGGCAAUCCAUACAGGGGAGAGACCACAUAAUUGCUUAGAUUGUGGGAAAAGUUUCAGGAACAGAUCAGCCCUUUCUAAAUAUCAGGCAAUCCAUGCAGGAGAGAGACCCCAUAAGUGCUUGGAUUGUGGAAAAAAUUUCAUACGGAGGUCACAUCUUGUUAAACAUCAGGCAAUCCACACAGGGAAGAGACCCCACAAGUGCUUGGACUGUGGGAAAAGUUUUAUACAGAGGUCAGACCUUAUUAGACAUCAGGCAAUCCACACAGGAGAGAGACCCCACCAGUGCUUGGACUGUGGGAAAAGUUUCAUAUGCAGGUCAGACCUUCUCCAACAUCAGGCAUUCCACACAGGAGAGAGACCCUAUAAGUGCUUGGAUUGUGGGAAAAGUUUCAUACAGAGGUCAGACCUUGUUAAACAUCAGGCAAUCCACACAAGAGAGAGACCCUACAAGUGCUUGGACUGUUGGAAAAGUUUCACACGGAGGUCAGACUGUGUUAGACAUCAGGCAAUCCACAGAGGAGAGAGACCCCACAAGUGCUUGGACUGUGGGAAAAGUUUCAUAGAGAGGUCAGACCUUAUUAGACAUCAGGUAAUCCACUCAGGAGAGAGACCCCACAAGUGCUUGGACUGUGCGAAAAGUUUCAUACAGAGGUCACACCUUAUUAGACAUCAGGCAAUCCACAGAAGAGAAAGACCCCACAAGUGCUUGGACUGUGGGAAAAGUUUCAUACAGAGUUCAAAGCUUGUUAAACAUCAAGCAAUCCACACAGGAGAGCGACCACAUAAUUGUUUGAACUGUGGAAAAAAAUUCAUACGGAGGUCAAACCUGGUUAAACAUCAGGCAAUCCACACAGGAGAGAGACCCCACAAGUGCUUGGACUGUGGGAAAAGUUUCAUAGAGAGGUCAGACCUUAUUAGACAUCAGGCAAUCCACUCAGGAGAGAGACCCCACAAGUGCUUGGACUGUGGGAAAAGUUUCAUACAGAGGUCUCACCUUAUUAGACAUCAGGCAAUCCACACAGGAGAGAGACCCCACAAGUGCUUGGACUGUGGGAAAAGUUUCAUAGAGAGGUCUCACCUUAUUAAACAUAAAGCAGUCCACACAGGAGAGAAACCCCACAAGUGCUUGGACUGUGGGAAAAGUUUCAUACAGAGGUAUCACCUUAUUAGACAUCAGGCAAUCCACACAGGAGAGAGACCCCACAAGUGCUUGGCCUGUGGGAAAAGUUUCAUACAGAGGUCUCACCUUAUUAAUCAUAAAGCAGUCCACACAGGAGAGAGACACCACAAGUGCUUGGACUGUGGGAAAAGUUUCAUACGGAGGUCAAACUUUCUUCAACAUGGGAGAAUCCACACAGGAGCUAAACUUCUGUGACACUGGGAGAGAAAGGGUUAAGCAACUUGCAUGUAAUAGACCCAGUUCAACCUUUAGAGACAUGUUAAAAAAGUGUAUCCAUGUUAGAUAACUUUGAGCUUUGAAAUGUAAACUUAUGUUAAAGACUUGGAAGAAGUUGGUAACUGUAGUAGUCUAUAAAAAGCAACAAAGUGUCCUGUGGCACCUUAUAGACUAACAGAAGUAUUGGAGCAUGAGCUUUUGUGGGUGAAUACCCACUUUGUCAGAUGCAUGUGGUGGAAAUUUCCAGAGGCAGGUAUAAAUAUACAGGCAAGAAUCAGCCUAGAGAUAACAAGGUUAGUUCAAUCAGGGAGGCCAUCUUCUAGCAGUUGAGGUGUGAACACCAAGGGAGGAGAAACUGCUUUUGUAGUUGCCUAGCCAUUCACAGUCUUUGUUUAAUCCUGAGCUCAUUAUGUCAAAUUUGCAAAUGAACUGAAGUUCAGCAGUUUCUCUUUGGAGUCUGGUCCUGAAGUUUUUUUGCUGCAGGAUCUCCUUUAAAUCUGCUAUUGUGUGUCCAGGGAGGUUGAAGUGUUCUCCUGCAGGUUUUUGUAUAUUGCCAUUCCUAAUAUCUGACUUGUGUCCAUUUAUACUUUUACGUAGGAUUGUCCAGCUUGGGCGAUGUACAUAGCAGAGGGGCAUUGCUAGCACAUGAUGGUGUAUGUUACAUUGGUGAACGUACAAGUGAAUGAACCGGUGAUGUUGUGGCUGAUCUGGUUAGGUCCUGUGAUGGUGUCGCUGGUGUAAAUAUGUGGGGAGAGUUGGCAUCAAGGUUUGUUGCAUGGAUUGGUUCCUGAGUUAGAGUUUCCAUGGUGCGGUGUGUGGUUGCUGGUGAGAAUAUGCUUAAGGUUGGCGGUUUGUUUCUGGGCGAGGACUGGCGUGCCUCCCAAGGCCUGUGAAAGCGAGGGAUCAUUGUCCAGGAGAGGUUGUAGAUCACCGAUGAUGCGUUGGAGAGGUUUUAGCUGAGGACUGUAGGUGAUGGCCAGUGGAGUUCUGUUGGUUUCUUUCUUGGGCUUGUCUUGCAGGAGGAGGCUUCUGGGUACACGUCUGGCUCUGUUGAUUUGUUUCUUUAUUUCCUCGUGCUGGUAUCAUAGUUUUGAGAAUGCUUGGUGAAGAUCUUGUAGGUGUUGGUCUGUGUCUGAUGGGUUGGAGCAAAUGCGGUUACAGCUCAGCGCUUGGCUGUAGACGAUGGAUCAUGUGGUGUGUCAGGGAUGGAAGCUGGAGGCAUGAAGGUAGGCAUAGUGGUCGGUGGGGUGGGGUGGUGUUAACAUGACUGUCACUUAUUUGUAUCGUGGUGUUUAGGAAGUGGACAUCCCUUGUAGAUUGGUCCAGGCUGAGGUUGAUGGUGGGGUGGAAACUGUUGAAAUCAUGCUCCAAUACUUCUGUUAGUUUUUAAGGUGCCACAGGACUCUUUGUCACUUUACAGAUCCAGACUAACACGGUUACCCCUCUGAUACUUGUACUAGUCUAUGUUUGCCUUUAUCUUGUUAGAGGUUAACAAUGGAACCAAACAGUUCUGUCUAGGGCUGUAUUCUGUUAAUUCAAUGAUCAAAAGGGAAUAAUAACAUGUAGAUGAAACUUGGGUGUAAUAAUGUCAUUGCAUGUCUCUUUAAAGUUUGUGGUAAACUGUC